AUGGCCUCUUACUUUGGCCGUGACACGCCGCUUGCGGCCUCUGUCACCUCUCCCAUCAUCGAACAGGCGCAGACCAGACUGAACCAGUCUGAGCGCAACUACUCCCGAACCCAGCAAGAUCUCCAGAAUGCCAUGCGCAUUCGAGCAACAACACCAAUGUCGGCGGUCGAGACAAAUGCCAAAGACCAGGAGAUCGCGUCCUUGAGACGCAAACUAAGUGACCAGGAGGCAGAGAUGAAGGGUCUGAAAGACACCAUUGAGAAACAACGGAUGACCAUCAAGACCCAGAGCGAGGCCAUCGCCAACCCGAAGCAGCACUAUGCCACGCCAACACCGAAUCGGUUCGGAGGCAACCCACCGUAUGGCCCAAACCCAAACAUUCAGCCACCUCCCCCUCCUCCUCCACCGAUCUUCGCCACGGGAAAUGCCAUGACAUACACACAGCCUCGUCCGACCUUGUCGGCGCCUCCCCACCAGCAACCUGGGAGCACUCCCUCUCCGUUUGAUGACACCAUGAACCAGCACUUCUCGGCUCUCUCAAUCAACCCAGCUCAAGGGUCACAGAUGCAGCAGCCACAACCGACGCCAUUCCGGCAGUCAGGUCACGUCAAUGAGUUCGGGUCUCCUGAGCCCGCAAGACCAUACAAUACCAAUCUGGCCAUCAAGUCCACCCCUACGGGGCCGAGAAAAGGCAACAGUGGAACACCAGCCUUGGGUUCAGCAGCCAGGAUACACACUCGAGGGAUGCCCAGCACCGGCCCACAGCAGCCACAGAUGCCAGCGUUCCCGAACCCUAUCCAGAUGGUCAUAGGACCACAUCUCAUCGUCCCAGAGGCAGUGGUGCGCCAGUUUGCCCACGUGCUGCAUAUGGCAGAGACAUAUGCAUAUUCUCAUGUCAACACGCCCAGCACGCAGAAGGACAACGCCAUGCCACAAGAGGUCAAGGAUCGACUGAUUAGAGCGGCAUCCACAACAUCGGCGUUUCAGUUCAUGCAGACACCAUUCACCCGCUACCUGCUGGUGUACAAGCUCAUUGUCCAGUUCAUGAUCAAGACCAUCCUCAAGCAUGACUGCUUCACCGGGUUCAACCCAGAGGCUGACCGGAUCAUCGAGACCUGCAAGAAUCAGAUGUAUCAGACCACCCCGGCCCAGGUCAAGUACCAGCUGCUCACCACCAUGGCGGAUCAGGUUCAGAAGCUCAAGACCAAUCCCAACUUCCACAAUUUCGUCAACAACAUUGCGCGUGUUCGUGGCAACGAAAUCUGGAAGGUCCUCAAGCCAAUGAUGCACUCAAAGACAUCGCGGGACUGGGAUGACUUGUACGAACUGAUGAUCAACGCCCACCAGCUCGCCCAGACGAUGUUCUCUGGCUCUGAAGAGUACAAGUUUGACUUUCCAGUCAUGGGCCAAGCAUUCCAGAAGGAGUGGAUGGAGCCAAGGGAUCCAUUCAAGAAUGUGCACACACCGGAGCAGUUGGAGGCAAUGGGGGCGACAGUCAGGCUUGGAAUUACGCCACUCAUCAGUGUGCGGACCAGCACUCAAGGAGGACUAGUGAGGUCGUGCACCAUUCUGAAGUCAUUCAUUUUGCUCAAAGCAGACAAGGGAAACUGA